CUCGUCCUGCAGGCAGCAUUCCGGGUGGAGAGAGAGAGAGAGAAAGCGACCGGAGAGGAGAGCUUCCAGGCCGUGGACUGCGCUCUUUCACCCCACGAAAACCCCAGCUUGAGCCUCCACAGGAGCUGCGCCAGAUCUCCGGGAUAUGGGUAACUGUCAGAAACACUUCAAGCUAGCGCUGUGAGCUAGCCCUCUCCAUCCGUCUGCUGACUUCCCGUCGCUCGCCCGGAUCGCCUCUUCUUCCCCGGCUGCAGCGGUUUUCCCCAGACUCCUCAGUGAAGAGAAAAAGUCAAGUGGGGGGGUGGUAACCGUUCCCCAGCUGCUGUCCAGACUCACACAUGCUGCAUUGCUGCCAUUCCCCAAGCCCUCCAUCUCCCCCCAGGGCACGGCCACUAGCCUGCUAGCAAGCUAGCAGCUGGGACAGAAAGGAGCCAGCCAGCCAGUCCGUCAGACUGCCGGGGGGGCGUUGAUCCAGAGGAGGAUGAUGGAGCCCAGCAUGGAGAACUGCCUGGCCCUGGUCCUGCAGAAGGACGUGGGCCGACGGCUGCAGGUGGGCCAGGAGAUCAUUGACUUCAUCCUGGACAAGGAGAAGUCCCCUGAUUUGGAGCAGGACCAGACAGCGCUCGACAAGAUGGUGGACAGCAUCGCCAGCUCCUGGGUCAACUCCAGCAACUUCAAGGUGGCGCUGCUCGGCUUGGACCUCUUAUCUGCCUUAGUGACCAGAUUACAGGAGAGAUUCAGGGCCCAGGUGGGAACAGUUCUGCCCAGCCUCAUCGAUCGACUGGGAGAUGCCAAAGACCAAGUCCGAGACCAGGACCAGACUCUGCUGUUAAAGGUCAUGGAGCAAGCUGCCACGCCACAGUACGUGUGGGACCGCAUGCUGGGGGGCUUCAAGCAUAAAAACAACCGGGCCAGAGAAGGAGUGUGCCUUUGUCUUAUUGCCACGUUGAACACAUAUGGAGCUCAAGGCCUGACGCUCAGCAAAAUCGUCCCCCAUAUAUGUAACCUCCUCGGAGACCCCACAAGUCAGGUGCGUGAUGGAGCCAUGAGCUGCCUGGUGGAGAUCUACAGACAUGUGGGAGAGAGGGUGAGACUGGAUCUCAGCAAGAAGGGUCUGCCACAGUCACGGUUGAAUGUAAUCUUCAGUAAAUUCGAUGAAGUCCAAAGAUCUGGGAACAUGAUCUCGUCCUCCGGCUCGGAUAAGAACUUCGAGGAUGAGGACUCGGUGGACGGAGGCCGGUCCUCCUCCUCCUCGUCCUCCAAAGCGCCCUCCAGUGGCAGGAGGACCGUGAUCAGCUCGGUGAGGAGACCCAGCUCGGCCAGCUCCACCAAAACCACAGGUAAAGAAGCAGCAGCUGGAGCUGUGGAUGAAGAGGAUUUCAUGAAAGCCUUCGAAGACGUGCCGUCAGUCCAGAUCUACUCGAACAGAGAGCUGGAGGACCAGCUAACGAAGAUCAGAGAAAUGCUGUCAGACGACAAGCAUGACUGGGAGCACCGUGUGGUCGCGCUGAAGAAGGUGCGCUCGCUCGUGUUGGCCGGGGCCGUGGAGUACGAGGGCUUCCCCCAGCAGCUGAGGCUCCUGGAAGCCCCCCUCAAGCUGUCGGCCAAAGACCUGCGGUCCCAGGUGGUCCGCGAGGCCUGCAUCACGCUGGGACACCUGUCGUCCGUCCUGGGGAACAAGUUUGACCACGGAGCGGAGAGCGUGAUGCCCACGCUCCUCAACCUGGUGCCCAACAGUGCCAAAGUCAUGGCCACGUCCGGAGUGGCCACCAUACGCCUCAUCCUGAGGCACACACACUACCCUCGCCUCAUUCCCAUCAUCACCAGUAACUGCACAUCCAAGUCAGUGGCAGUCAGACGACGCUGUUAUGAGUUUCUGGACCUCAUGCUGCAGGAGUGGCACACCAACACACUGGAGAGACACGUGGCGGUCCUGACGGAGACCAUCAAGAAAGGAAUCCACGACGCCGACUCCGAGGCCCGCUCCAUCGCCAGGAAGUGCUACUGGGGUUUCCACGGUCACUACAGCCGGGAGGCGGAGCACCUGUUCCAGGCUCUGGAGUCCACCUACCAGAAGGCCCUGCAGUCCCACCUGAAGAGCUCCGACAGCAUCGUGUCUCUACCGCAGUCCGACCGCUCAUCCUCGUCCUCACAGGAGAGCCUCAACCGGCCUUUGUCUGUAAAAAGCGUCAUCGGAGGAAGCAUCACGAGAAGUAAGCUGGUGGGCAGCAGAGCCCCCUCCACUCCAGGAUCCCUCCAGCGUUCCCGGAGUGACAUUGAUGUAAACGCUGCCUCCAACGCCAAGUCCCGCCUGUCCACCGUCCCCGCCUCUUCGCCGUUCAGCUCGGCAGCCGCCCUCCCCCCGGGAUCCUACGCCUCAUUAGAUGGCACUCCUGGUAAAAGCGAGGGUCGAGUUCGCACCCGGAGACAGAGCUCGGGCAGCGUGGGCGGAGCCAGCCCCUCGGUGGUGGACAGCAGGGGGCGGAGCCGGGCCAAAGUGGUCUCGCAGUCUCAACGAUCCAGAUCAGCCAAUCCCAUCAGUGCCGGCAGUCGCUCCAGCUCUCCGGGAAAGCUCCUCGGCCACAGCGGCUAUGGUCGCAUCCCUCGAGCCAUGGCGUCGGCCUCCAGCACGCCGGUGGACAAACGCAGCCGCAUCCCCCGCAGCCAGGGCUGCAGCCGGGAGACCAGCCCCAGCCGCAUGGGCCUCGCCAGCCUGUGUGGUAAAGCUCUUCUUCCUGCUGCUCUCCCCUACCGCACGCUAGCCCGGAGCCGCAUCCCCCGUCCCAGCAUGAGUCAAGGCUGCAGUCGCGACACCAGUCGCGAGAGCAGCCGCGACACCAGCCCCGCUCGGGGCUUCACUCCUCUGGCCUCGCGACGCCACUCCCGUUCUACCAGCGCUCUUUCCACGGCCGACCCCCACGGCCAGUCAGAUCGCUACGGUUUGAUCCACCAGGCGAGGAUCUCUGCCUCGGUGAACGCCAUGAGGGUCCUGAACACGGGCACCGAGGUGGAGGCGGCGGUGGCCGACGCACUGCUGUUAGGAGACUCCAGGAAUAAGAGGAAGCCCCUGAGGCGGCGCUACGAGUCCCCGGGCAUGUACUCCGACGACGACGCCAACAGCGACGCCUCCAGCGCCUGCUCGGAGCGCUCGUACGGCUCCCGCAACGGCGGCAUCCCGCACUACCUGCGGCAGACGGAGGACGUGGCCGAGGUCCUCAACCACUGCGCCAGCUCCAACUGGUCCGAGAGGAAGGAGGGGCUGCUGGGCCUGCAGAACCUGCUCAAGAGCCAGAGGAUCCUCAGCCGAGUGGAGCUGAAGCGGCUGUGUGAGAUCUUCACCAGGAUGUUUGCAGAUCCACACAGCAAGAGAGUGUUCAGCAUGUUCCUGGAGACCCUGGUGGACUUCGUCACGGUGCACAGGGAGGACCUGCAGGACUGGCUCUUCGUGCUGCUCACGCAGCUGCUGAAGAAGAUGGGCGCCGACCUGCUGGGCUCGGUGCAGGCCAAGGUCCAGAAGGCGCUGGACGUCACCAGGGAGUCCUUCCCGUUCGACCAGCAGUUCAACAUCCUGAUGAGGUUCAUCGUGGAUCAGACGCAGACGCCCAACCUCAAGGUGAAGGUGGCCAUCCUGAAGUACAUCGAGUCCCUGGCUCGGCAGAUGGACCCCACGGACUUCGUCAACUCCAGCGAGACUCGGCUGGCGGUGUCUCGGAUCAUCACCUGGACCACCGAGCCCAAAAGUUCAGACGUCAGGAAGGCGGCUCAGGUGGUGCUCAUCUCGCUGUUCGAGCUCAAUACCCCGGAGUUCACCAUGCUGCUGGGAGCUCUGCCCAAAACCUUCCAGGACGGCGCCACCAAGCUGCUGCACAACCACCUGAAGAACUCCAGCAACACCAGCAGCAGCGUGGGAUCACCCAGUAACACCCUGGGCCGGACCCCGGCGCGCCACACCCCCAGCAGAACCAGCCCCCUCACCUCGCCCACAAACUGCUCCCACGGAGGACUGUCGCCCAGUCGGUUAUGGGGUUGGGGUGUGGACGGACUGUCAAAGCACCCCCCCGCCGCCCCUCCUCCUCCUCCUCCGCCUCACUCCACCCCUGCUGCCCCCUCCCUCAGGGUCCUGCGCAGAGCCUACUCACCCAGCAUGAUGGAGUACGACACGGAGAACAUGAACUCAGAGGAGAUCUACAGCUCGCUCCGCGGCGUCACCGAGGCCAUCCAGAGCUUCAGCUACCGGAGCCAGGAGGACCUGAACGAGCCGGUCCGGCGGGACGGCAAGAGGGACGACGCAGCGGGCAGAGAGGGCGUGGCGUCGUCCCCCGGCCCCGACGCCCGCCUGGGCCUGGACUCGGUGGAGGGGGGCCGCACCGCCCUGGACAACAAGACGUCGCUGCUGAACACGCCGUCCCCCCGCUCCUUCUCGGGGCCCCGGGGCCGCGAGUUCGCCCCGUACGGCUUCGGGGAGACCAUCUGCACCUACGACAAGAGCGCCCUGAAGGAGGCCGUGUUCGACGACGACGUGGAGCAGUUCCGCGACUGCCGACGUCAGGAGAGCGGUGAAAACAAGAUGACGCUCCCAAAGGUCUUUGCUCCUGUCGGUCAGGACCACUCGGACAUGGUGGCCGACCUGCUGAAGGAGCUGUCCAAUCACAACGAGCGGUCCGAUGAGCGGAAAGGCGCCCUGGUGGAGCUGCUGAAGAUCACGCGGGAGGACAACCUGGCCGUGUGGGACGAGCACUUCAAAACCAUCCUGCUCCUCCUGCUGGAGACGCUGGGAGACAAAGACCACACCAUCCGGGCUCUGGCUCUGCGGGUGCUGAAGGAGAUCCUGAGGAACCAGCCGGCCCGCUUCAAGAACUACGCCGAGCUGACCAUCAUGAAGACACUGGAGGCUCACAAAGACUCCCACAAGGAGGUGGUGCGUGCGGCCGAGGAGGCGGCCUCCACCCUGGCGGGCUCCAUCCACCCCGAGCAGUGCAUCAAGGUGCUGUGCCCCAUCGUGCAGACGGCCGACUACCCCAUCAACCUGGCCGCCAUCAAGAUGCAGACCAAGGUCAUCGAGCGCAUCGCCAAGGACUCCUUACUGCAGCUGCUGCCGGACAUCAUCCCCGGACUGCUGCAGGGCUAUGACAACACCGAGAGCAGCGUUCGCAAGGCCAGCGUGUUCUGUCUGGUGGCUAUCUACUCUGUGAUUGGAGAGGAGCUCAAACCCCACCUGGCACAGCUCACGGGCAGCAAGAUGAAGCUACUGAACCUGUACAUCAAACGAGCUCAGACCACCAACAGCAACAGCAGCAGCUCGUCGGACAUCUCCUCACACAGCUAAUGAGAGACGCUGCACCCCCCCCCCACCCCCCCUGGCUCUGCAGUCUGAAUGUAGCCGCCAUGUUUGGUUUCAGCUGAAGGAGCGCAGCAGCACUUCCUCCUGGAUUAAAUCAUCCACUCGCCUUUCUUUGGGAUGAAGUGUCAUUUGGCUGGCCCAGUGAUGGUCAUCAGUUCACACGUUGCUCAUAUUACAAAAAAAAAGAAGAAGAAGCUUGACAGAAACAUGAGAAAGCACUGUUUGAGUUGUUUCAAAGAUCCUGAUUUUAACUUUUAUUUUGUAAUCUUAACUCCACUAGGUACUGAAAUAACUCGAUCCCCGCGGUACAUGACCGACAAUCCUUCAGAGUGCAGAUCUUCAUGCUGAGGUACAGAAGGUGAAGCCGCGGUUCAAACUGGCGGCUUUUGUCUUAAAAAAAAAUCACAAUCAAGCGCCUGUGAAGGAGGACGCGGUCUGGAUCCAGUCCAGAGCUUUUAAUCUGGACUCGAGCCUGCGCCGUGACUCCUGGAAGACCUUUGUAAAUAUGGAGAGACAUUCGAGAGGAAACGCAACCUGCAGGACGGCUGAGAGAGCUGCAGUGUUAUCUCCUCUGGUACACACACACACACACACACACACUCACACACACACUCACACACACACACCCAGCUGUUUUUGUACAUACACCUGCUUCACAAAACUUUCCAUCAUGUUUAAGAAAAAAAAAAAAGGUCGACUAUCAUCAGUUCUUUGCACGUUAGGCGAAAUAAGAAUGCAUGUAGUGCUGCGGGCGUCCUGCGGGCGUCAGCGGCGUCCUGCGGGCGUCCUGCGGGCGUCAGCGGCGUCCUGCGGGCGUCAGCGGCGUGCCGCCGGCGUGCUGCCCCCGGAGCAUCCGGGGGUCUUUUAGCUGUUCAAGUGCACUUGUACCAUUGUCACGUCUGUGUGGGGAAUUGAGUGAACCUGCUGCUGAUUGGAGCUUUUGUUUGUCUCAGUAUUCAGGGAGGGAGGAGUUUUAGAAAAGCUUUAAUUGCUUGGUUCUCAUUUUAUAAAUCAGCUGACCCCCCCCCCCCAAGGUACGGUAACUCUAUUGGAGGAGGUCGGAUUUCGGUCAAGUGGGAUGAUCUGAUUUGUUCCCAUUUUCCGUGUGGCUCUGCCGAUUGUUGAACUUUUUGAGUUGACAGUUGUUCUCCCUUGGAGGACGACCCGGUUCGUGUAUUUAAGUAAAUGAAUGUACAGGAUUUCCAUGUUUUGUUUUGUUCUCUCCACCCCUGCCCGCCUCCAGCUGCUCACUAUGCAUGUCCGAACAGUACACUGUCCCUCUCCUGUCUCCGUCGCUCAUGUAAGAUUCAAACCUGUAUUUAUAUAUUUUAUUUGAUUUUAUUUGGUUCUCAUGACGAAA